CUCGGCCGCCAGCACUAAAGAUGGAGAGGCGCCGGGGCCUCGCAGGGGAGGGGGCUCGGCGUUGACGUGGGACGCGGCGGAGGCGCCGCAGCCGGUGGUGAUUUGCUAACCUAGCGGCAGAGAGGAGUUAAGGGUGAUGAGAGCGGGUACUGCGAACUGCCGGGCGAUGCCGCCGCUGCCGCUGUGAGAUCCGGAGCAACAGUUCCCCAGCAACACCCCUUCCCCGAUCCAGGCACACCCCUCACCCCCAAGGCACGCACACCCACCCCAAGCUCCAGGCUCGGAAAGCGUCCCUCCACUAGCCCAGGAAGCCUACCCCGCCCCACCACGCGGAGCAAAGAAGGAAAGAAAGCCCCAUGCCUGAGCCAAGGGGAGCGUCAUGGAUCUGACAAAGAUGGGUAUGAUCCAGCUGCAGAACCCUAGCCACCCUACGGGGCUGCUGUGCAAGGCCAAUCAGAUGCGACUGGCCGGGACUCUGUGCGAUGUGGUCAUCAUGGUGGACAGCCAGGAGUUCCAUGCCCACCGGACAGUGCUGGCCUGCACAAGCAAGAUGUUUGAGAUUCUCUUUCACCGAAACAGCCAGCACUAUACUCUGGACUUCCUCUCGCCAAAGACCUUCCAGCAGAUUCUGGAGUAUGCCUACACGGCCACACUGCAAGCCAAGGCAGAGGACCUCGAUGACCUGCUGUAUGCAGCCGAAAUCCUGGAAAUUGAGUACCUGGAGGAACAGUGCCUGAAGAUCCUGGAGACCAUCCAGGCAUCCGAUGACAAUGACACAGAGGCCACCAUGGCAGAUGGCGGGGGUGAAGAAGAAGAGGACCGCAAGGCUCGAUACCUCAAGAACAUCUUCAUCUCGAAGCAUUCCAGCGAGGAGAGUGGGUAUUCCAGCGUGGCUGGACAGAGCCUCCCUGGGCCCAUGGUGGACCAGAGCCCUUCGGUCUCCACCUCUUUUGGGCUUUCAGCCAUGAGUCCUACCAAGGCAGCAGUGGACAGUUUGAUGACCAUAGGACAGUCUCUCCUGCAAGGAACUCUUCAGCCACCUGCAGGGCCCGAGGAGCCCGCACUGGUGGGGGGUGGGCGGCACUCUGCGGUGGCUGAGGUGAAGACAGAGAUGAUGCAGGUAGAUGAAGUCCCUGGCCAGGACAGCCCUGGGGCAGCUGAGUCCAGCAUCUCAGGAGGGUUGGGGGACAAGCUCGAAGAAAGGAGCAAAGAGGGGCCUGGGACUCCCACUAGGAGCAGCGUCAUCACCAGCGCCAGGGAGCUUCAUUACGGGCGAGAAGAAAGUGGUGAGCAGCUUUCACCUCCUGUUGAAGCUAGUCAGGGACACCCUGGGCGACAGGAGCCCCUGGCACCCCCAGUGGAGAAGCAUUUGGGCAUCUACUCAGUGCUGCCCAACCACAAGGCCGAUGCUGUGUUGAGCAUGCCGUCUUCAGUGACCUCUGGUCUCCAUGUGCAACCUGCCCUGGCCGUCUCCAUGGACUUCAGCACCUAUGGGGGCCUGCUGCCUCAGGGCUUCAUCCAGAGGGAGCUGUUCAGCAAGCUGGGUGAGCUGGCUGUGGGCAUGAAGGCCGAAAGCCGUCCUCUGGGGGAGCAGUGCAGCGUGUGUGGGGUUGAGCUUCCAGACAACGAGGCCGUGGAGCAGCACAGGAAACUGCACAGCGGGAUGAAGACAUACGGGUGUGAGCUCUGUGGAAAACGGUUCCUGGAUAGUCUGCGGCUGAGAAUGCAUUUACUGGCUCAUUCAGCGGGUGCCAAAGCCUUUGUGUGUGAUCAGUGUGGUGCCCAGUUCUCAAAGGAGGAUGCUCUGGAGACACACAGACAGACCCAUACUGGCACGGACAUGGCUGUUUUCUGUCUCCUGUGUGGGAAGCGCUUCCAGGCCCAGAGCGCGCUCCAGCAGCACAUGGAGGUCCACGCGGGCGUGCGCAGCUAUAUCUGCAGCGAGUGCAACCGCACCUUUCCCAGUCACACAGCUCUCAAGCGCCACCUUCGCUCACACACAGGUGACCACCCAUAUGAGUGUGAGUUCUGUGGUAGCUGCUUCCGGGAUGAGAGCACACUCAAGAGCCACAAGCGCAUCCACACCGGGGAGAAGCCCUAUGAGUGCAACGGCUGUGGCAAGAAAUUCAGCCUCAAGCACCAGUUGGAAACGCACUACAGGGUUCACACAGGUGAGAAACCCUUCGAGUGCAAGCUCUGCCACCAGCGCUCCCGAGACUACUCGGCCAUGAUCAAGCACCUGAGAACGCACAACGGCGCCUCGCCCUACCAGUGCACCAUCUGCACGGAGUACUGCCCCAGUCUCUCCUCCAUGCAGAAGCACAUGAAAGGCCACAAGCCGGAGGAGAUCCCACCUGACUGGAGGAUAGAGAAGACGUACCUCUACCUGUGUUAUGUGUGAAGCAGGGACCCCCCCACAUAGGAUAGAGCAGUGGCGGGAGCCUGCAAAGACAAGCUAGAGAAAGAUAAAGUGGAAAGACUGCGCAGAGAGAAAAAAGGGGGGAAUAGAAAAGAAAAAGAGAGAGAGAGAAGGAGAAGGAAACUAAGUAGUUGCUUGGCCUUGGGUUCCUUCUGGGAUUCUAGGCGAUCCGGCUGUCAUACGACUGCCCCUUCCUUGGGGUUUCUACCCAACUUGGUUCUCUUGGGUGGGUGGGGUGGUUUUGCUCAUUCACACAGUGGCAUAUUUUUCUCCUCUCCACAACCUAGACCUUCCUUUUGUAUCCAGAAAUGGAGACCAAAAAGCAAGUGCAAGGUCCUCGGGUCAGAGCCACUGCCUCUGCCCUCACUCCUUCCUUCCCCUCCUCGGAAGAGGGCGGGAGGGGGCAGAGAGGGUGACUGGAGGCCGUGAGAGUUGGUGUCUCUGGUUGACGCUCAGAGUGGUGGCUCUGGCAGACUGGGGGCAGACUAGGAAAGGAAAGGGUUUCCUGCUCUGCCCAGCCCUGCCUGGUGCCCCUUAUGGUCUCCGAGAGCCCCAUGGCUUGCCUCACCCUUCAGCUCCUUGCACCUGCUUGAUGGCUGUCCUCUGGUCACAAGGGGCUCACUCCCUAUGUGGAUCUGGACUAUGUCUUCCUUAGGUCCCUCCUGGGGAAAACUGUGUCAGAUUCCCAAACCCCUUCUUUCUUUCCCUUAGCUUUCAGAGAACACAGAACAAAAUAAAUCUGCACUGAACCCCA